AUGAUCGUCGUACCUCUGAAUCGCUCCGAGGUUCGUUGCACCGAGGUCGAUAGGUCGGAUAUGGCGAUUGAUUGGACGAGGAGGAUGAUGGAGGUGGGUCACUCCUUGGAGGAGGUUGUCGUCCUAGUUAAUGCCAAGUCUGUCAUGGAGGACGAGACUUGUGAUGAGGCCGAAAACAAGGUGAUUGAUCACGCAGGGUUGUCGGGAGUUAUGAUACCAUACUUUAUUGACCGACAUCCCCCUUUGACGCCAUCCAAACCCGGCAUAUCACCUCUCUUUGAUGUAUUACCAACGAGUGCCGUCCAAUAG